AUAGCAGGUAACUUUCUUACGAUAGCCUUCCGCUGUGUGACCUAGUGCUCGUAUUUAUCCUGCAAUUUGAAGAUUAUUCUCUCCGGAAAUUGGAAGUAGGUGAUUUUCUUAUUCCAAAACGACAAAAGGUCAAAUUCGCGUUUUCCCCUUGAACAGAAAACUCUCACAUAUCUGAAAGGCGUUUGAAAUCGGACACCGCUGGCGUUGAGGCCCUCACUUUUUGCGCGGACGGAUACGUUGUUACGUCUGACAAUGUGGACGGAGGUGGUGAAGAUGUCUACGAGAAGAAUGAAAUCAUCUCUGUAGUAACAACAAGAAAGGAAGACGCGAGAUUAGUUACUAUAACAGAAUUGUUUGUGCGUAGUCUUGUUACAUUGUAGCAAACACGUGGGCGCUACGUGGAGAAAAGGCAGACUUCCCGGGGACAAAAGAAAGACAUCCACUGUGCUCCAAUGCGUUUCGUGCACUGAGGUCGAAAUUCUCUUGAAGUUUUAUGUUUUUCCCCCCUUCGAGUCUCCGCUUUUCUUUUUUACUGUUGGAUAUCACACGCACGGAGAGGAGAGGGUUUGUUAGAGACUGAAGGGUAUGAGCGAACAGCAGCAAAGAAUGGCUGCAGUGGAAACUGACAAGGAACUCAGCGACCUCCUGGAUUUCAGCGCGAUGUUUGCGCCUCCAGUAGCCAAUGGGAAGAACAGGACAAUGACACUAGCCAGCACUCAUUUCUCUGGGCCAGCAAUAGAUGAGCGCAGUGGCUCUGGAUCCUGGGGCUCCACAGAACAGAACAGUCCCUCAUUCACCACCCAAGGACGGAGCUACGGAGAGGGAUCCCACUUCAAUGAACAUGAAGGCUUGUCCUCCCCAUUUAUUAGUUCAGGGAUUGCAGGUAAAAACGAGAGGCCACCGUACACUCCCUUUGUAAGCCAGCCUGGUUUAUUUCCAAGUGACAUAGCAAUGCCCAGCCCAGAUGCUUUGUCUCCCUCUGGCAUAAAGUCAGGCUCUCAGUUUUAUCCAUCAUAUCCUAACAACCCCCGGAGAAGGCCGCCUGAAGGAGGGUUAGAGACCCAGCCAAAGAAAAUUCGGAAACCCCCUGGCCUGCCGUCUUCGGUUUAUGCUUCUACAUCCGGAGAUGAGUUUGCCAGGGACAAUGGAGGGUAUCCUGGUGCCAAACCCGGCGCUGUCUAUCCCGGCACUUUCUACAUGCAAGAAGACCCCUGGUCAUCUUCUGGCUAUUCUGGGAUGUUGGGUAACUCUCCUCACAUUGGACAGCCAGGCUCCUUCCCAGCUAUCAACCCACAAGACAGAAUGAACUAUUCUCUGCCUGGCAGCGAAGUCAAUGGCUUCCACUCUGCCCCCACCACCUACAACCACACAUCCACCAUCAAUGGAGAAGGCAUUAUGGCCACCCGAGGCACAACAGCAAGCAGUUCAGGAGAUGAGAUUGGAAAAGCUCUUGCUUCUAUUUACCCAUCGGACCACAACAGUAAUAAUUUCUCUUCGGCUCCUUCCACUCCUGGAUCUCCCCAGGCCAUCCCAGGAGCUCAGUCUCAGUGGCAAAGACCAACCACACCCAACUAUGAAGGGCAACCACACACACUGCAGAAUAAAAUGGAGGACCGCUUGGAAGAGGCCAUCCAUGUGCUGCGUAGUCAUGCUGUGGGCCAGAGCCCAGCGUUAGAAGGCGCUCACUCUGACAUGCACAACCUGCUGUCCUCGGUGCACAAUGGGGGCCUUGGAGGCCUUUCCCCAGCGUUCCCCAAUGCCAGCCUUGCUCUCAGCAACAGACAUCCUGCUUUGCAGGGAGGGAAGCAUGAGGAGCCCACAGGACUUCCUCCCAGCAGCACCCUCUUGCAUGGCCAUCAUGCCACCGGACCCACGCCAUCCGUUGGCCAACCAGAAGGCUUCACUAGUCUCCCUGGAGGUUUGGCCCGGUCAGCUCACUCUUCCAGCAGCUCAGACAUCAAAAGAGAAGACAAAGAGGAUGAUGAAAACUCAUCUAUUGCAGACAAGUCGGAGGAGGAAAAGAAGGACUCCAAGGCAGCACGUAAUCGAACAAGAAAGGAGGCGUUGACCCUCCAGAUGCUCUCUGGCCUAUCAGACCAGAAAGAUGACAGUCAGGACAAUGAGGACGACGAGGACGUUCCCCCUGAGGUGAAGAUGGAGCGGGAGAGGGAACGGCGAGUGGCCAACAACGCCCGGGAGCGUCUCAGAGUGCGGGACAUCAACGAGGCUUUCAAGGAGCUCGGGAGGAUGUGCCAGCUGCACCUCAGCCACGACAAACCUCAGACCAAACUCCUCAUUCUCCAUCAAGCGGUCAAUGUCAUCCUCAAUUUAGAACAACAAGUCAGAGAGCGCAACCUUAAUCCCAAGGCGGCCUGUUUAAAAAGGCGUGAGGAGGAGAAGGUAUCCGGGGUGGUGGGGGAGGCACCCAUGCAGCUCCCAGGAGGCCACCCAAGCAUGGGAGGAGAUGGACACAAUCCAGUUGGCCACAUGUAACUCCAGGUGGGUUUUCAAAAAAAAAAAAAGAAAGAAAAAAAGCUGGUUACUGUAAAUGUUUGAUCCUCGGUUGUAUGCUUUGAAUUUCAUAAGGAUCAGAGUGCAGGAAGACACUUCAUCUACACAACUCCAUGAAAUUAUUCCGUUAUCCUUGUUAACAAAUGUUGCAAUAAUAUGCUUUUUUAAAGAGCUGUCUUUGUGAACAAUUCUUAUAAACACCAUUCUUAAAUAGAACUGCAAAAGAAAAUUACUGUCAAGCAGAAAAUAUGAGCUGCAGAUGGUAAAGAUGUGCAGCAAAAUUGGCUUCUGACUACAAUUGCUUUAUUUUUCUCUUUUCCAAACAGUAAAUGUGACAUGCUUAACCACAAUCCUCUUCAGUGUUAAAUUGUUACUGCAGGAAGAGCACUUGAUUUUCUAAUUUUUGUAUCAAGGGAGUUUUUAAAACUUAAGCUAAGAAAGUAAAAAGCAUUUUAAAAAGGAAAAGGCUGCUGACCCACCGAUCUUCAGUCUGUCCCUUUAGUGAAGGAGGAAAUUUACCUGAAGCAGGAAGUGUGACUAUAAUAGAGUCACUCUAUUCUGUUCUGUUGGAUGAAACUUUGAACCUCUCCAUGUGAUGUGACAUACUGAGUGUGGGAAUGUUUGCAGUCUCCUGGAAAUGUCACCAUUAAGAUAAGUGUCUACAUUCUGUAGGGAACACACACUUGGAUAUUUAUGCUAAAUCUUGCUAAAUGCUAGUUAUUCUGAAAAUUAAAACGAAGCAUGAAUGGCCAUUUUAAAUGUCAGCUCUAAAUUAUUUUCGAAAAUCUCCAUUAUAUAGUGAUGUCUCUCUCACAUAUAGUGUUGCUUCUACAUCUGAUAUCAAUGACAUAUAUGUUCAAUAGUUUAGUUUAUUACAAUAGAGCAUAAACAGUUCUUUGUAAAGCAUCACUUAGGCAGCUGCAGCUUAUCCAAAAUGCUUAUAUGAAUUGUGCUAAAAAGAAAUAGCAAAAGUUGUUUUGCUUAGUUUUUUUGAAUGCAUCUUUCCAGCUUUUUAAUGUGUUUGGGUUUUUUGUUGCUUUACAGAUCUGGUGUUUUCCUGGCUCUCAGAGGAUGUGGCCUUAACAGAUUUCUUCCACCCAUUAUUCUCAGUGUGUGUGUGCGUGUAUAUAUGUGGACAUGUCCGUGUAUUGUCCGUUCGAGUUUCAAGAUGCACAUUGACACACUCACAUGCAUACUGCCAAAACUGACACAAUCUGUUUUUCGCACUCCCAGCCAUGACUACAAGCUCAAAUGUGAAGAACUUUUUUUUUUUUUUUUAGUUUUGGUUUGUUUUAUACAUGUAAUAUUUUUAUUUUCUUUUUUGGUUUCCAACUCGAUAAUUGAACGCCAGAGUACUUUUUGUCCUUUCAACACUUUGGGACUACACACACUGCCAAGAGGUGCUCUGGUGGAGGAAUAAAAAGGAGACCUAUACAAACACAAAUUAAAUCAAAGAUUUGUGCCUAAUUGUUACAUGUUUUCUAUUUGACAUUAAGGCAAAUUGCUUUACAUGUGAGGAACAUUUGUGAGGGAUUGCUUAUGUGUAUGAGCAGUUAUUUUUUUAAAUGUAUGUCAUUCCCAGCGUGAUGGUACAGUCUUACAUAUGUUAUGUAACUCACAGCUGGAGUUGAACUGUCAAAAUUCAGUGACUUUUUCCACGAGCGCGUGGAAAGUGGCGGAGUGUCGGCCCCCAUGUUUUUGACAUUUCAAGUGCAGCUUACCUGAAAGAUGGGAACUCCAACCAGACGUGGUCUCAGCCCCUCCCCCCCGCAAGGCAUCUGGAGGCUUGGAAUCAAAGACUUCUUCCUAGAAAGUUAUGAUUUGUCCAAGUGAAAGAGCCGGUCAACGAAACAAAACAAAAAAACAGUUCUUCCGCUUUUGUUGACCAGGCGUUCUCACGUUUCUCCAGCAAGCCCUCAAGUCACGCAUUCAGGUUUUUGUCCUGCUUUGUGUUGUAAAACAUACACGGACGAGACGAAGCACAGUUGUACAGAUUUAGGCUUGACCUGCGUCACAUUUCAGUCCCUGAAAGUCUUGUAUUAAAGCCAUCAAAAUCAUCAGUGAGCGACCAGCACCACUUUUUGUGCUGCUCCAUCCUCGACAUGGUUUACUGACGUUGCCAGCGGACUCGAGUUUUUUUUUUUCUUUUUUUUCCCCUGCCCUUUUAUUCAUGUACUUUAAAAGGCAAACAAAUCCAGGAGGGAUUUUUUUUCUUCUUCUCUCAGUCGAAGCAGACGAGCCUUUUGUGUAAUUCCUAAACGAGCAUUCCCGCUGAAUUACGAACCCUUCACCUUCCUCCCGACCGUCGGCGUGUUCUCCCCUUUCUUACUGAGAGAAGUGUGACCUGUAAAUUCACUUCAUACAUUAUUCUGUUUCAUUUUUCAAAAGUAAAUAUAUAUAAAAAUAUAUAUUUUUUGUUAGUCUAUACAUUGUAGAUUUUUUACAUAAAUGGCAAUAUUAGUUUGAAGUUUAGAGUGUAUUGUAGAUGAGCUGUAUAAGGGGAUAUUUAACAUUUAAAUGAUGUUCAAAUUUUAAUUUGAAUUUAAACUGGGGUCCAAGGAAAAGGAUCGACAGAUGAUCAACGAACGUGUUCGUUGAUCCUUUUAUUGUCCCAGUUUUAGUUCAAAGACACAUCAAUAACUACUAAGUUGAAUGCCUUCUUUUCCAUUUGGGCAUAUCUGGACAGAGUUUGUGCCACAGUCAUGUGACAAAACAUCAGAAGGGAUUUCUUUUCUUUUUUCUUGUCUCCAACAGUAAUUAUGCAACUGGUUUUUGAAUGUAGCUACCAUGCUAAAUGUGGAUUUGCCUUCAUUUUCAAAGUUGUUUCUGGGUUUUGUUAGCACAUUGUAAUUUCUUUUCACUUUUCUUUUUUUUUUAAUGUCUGCCCUUAAACCAAGUAAGUCUGUGUCUAAAGGCAGAUGUCUGGAUUUGGGUGUAAGGUAAUGGAUAUUAUUGAGAACAAAACAGUGUUAUUGUGAUGUUAUUCCCAUGUCAUGUUAAUUAUUUCUUUCUUUUUUACCAACAUGUAAUCACAAGUGGGAGGUAGGACAUUUUGUGUGUUUCAUUUCUACAAAAAAAAAGGAAAAAAAAAUAUGAAGAAAAAGACAUAUACAAAUCAAUAGUGUGGCCUUUUCAUUCUCAAGACUUAAGAUGUCACGAUGGGAGAGUGAUGCCUUAUCAGUGCCUGAACUUGUAUUUUUUUUCCAUUUAAGACAGUUUUAUGUUGUGUACCAUAUCAUUUCAUUUAUCUUGGAGAUUAAAGAGGUACUUGUUCAUUCCCCCCUCCCCCAUCGUCCCUUUUCUCCAAAUGCUUUUUUUCAAUUUUUGAGGAAGAAGUUUAAAUGGUAUAAAGAGAUUUUCUUUCAGUGUACCUAGUUAAAUAAAUAAAUGUUAAGCAGA